GCUGCUGGCAGGAGAGGGGAGCCAGUGGGAGCCAGUGGGAGAAACCAGGAGAAAUAAGGAGAAAUACACCGACACAGACCCCGUGCAGCCCUGCAGCAGAACACACGGGGCGGGGAGACAUGCAGCAUCAAAACUGAGCUCCUACUUUUGUGAAGGACCUGAGAGAAAAGGUCGAGAGGGCGACCGAGGAGCAUUCCAGAAGUAACAGGGGGUCUGGAGUGGACUGGAGCGCGAACUCUGAUCAGCCAGCGCCGAAUGCAGAUGGACGCUACUAGAUCUUCCAUGUGCUGGAAUGGGCUGUGGCAAAGAUGUGUGUUGCUAUGGUGAUUAUCCAAUCUAAAACACUGGACAAGAAGGGUGUGGAUGAUGUAACGUCCAGAGAGUCAACCUUGGAGCUGCGCCAGCCGUCAACCAUGAGCCAGGGAACGACCCUCUUCUCCUGUGGAAUCAUGGAGACAAGCCGGUGGCCGGAUGUUAGCCGUGGCUGCGGUGUUCGGCAGAGGCCAGUGGGCUCGAGCCUGGAGAGUUUGUGGGACGUCCUACCGGAGACCGGCCCGGCGGGGGCCAUCAGCGGCCUGCUGCGGGAUCUCAGCCUGAGCGAAACUCCGAACACCACCACAGCACCACCCAGCAAACGGCAGUGCCGGUCACUCUCCUGCUCAGAUGAGCCGGCCAGCUGUCGGUCUCCAUGGCGACCACAGGGUUCCCGGGUGUGGACGACGGUGGAAAAGCGGCGUUGCCACAGCGGGGGUAGCGUUCAGCGUGGAUCUGCCUUGUCCUCGUCCGCUUUUACCCAGUCUGGCUUCUCCGGCAUGCAGCGCAGCUCCAGCUUCAGCCUCCCCACCCGCUCCAACCUGCUGGAGCUGCCGGCUUUCAGCAACUUUCAGCGGCAGACUUUCACUCCUUUCUCCGCUGUUGUCUCCGAAUCCCCCCGCUACCUCUCUCACGAACAGAUUUCCCAGGCUGAGCCCAGUGGCGGACCCUCAGAGGCCAGUUCUCCGGAUUCCACUCCGGAGCUGGACCGCCGGGCCUGCCAGGGUGGGCUGUCCCGCAGCCGUUCUCAACCCUGUGUCCUUAAUGACAAGAAAAUCGGAGUUAAACGCCGGAGACCCGCCGAUUCGCACAAACAUAGGCCUUCUCUAGACCUGGCCAAGAUGACCCAGAAGCAGAAUUUCCAGAGUCUCAGCUGCCCUGGCUUCACUGGAAACGACUGCUGCCAAUCAAGACAAACCCCGCCCCCUUUGAUGAGCCCUGCCCACAAGAAUGAGGGUGAGACCUCUGCGUGUGACCCGGCGGUGGAGACUCAGCACUGCCCUAAAGAGGACUCGACGGUCCUCGACGAAUCAGAUGGAGAUGUCUCCGGACGCGCCGGCUGGACUGCCAAUGGGAAGGACUGGGAGCCUCCGUGGGCGGGGCUUUGCGGGCUGAGGAGAGACGUGCUGGGCGGAGAGCUCGACAUCGAGCAGAUUGAGAGAAACUGAGAGAAAAAGCCAGGUGGAAAUGGACCGGAUAGAAUUAUACACUGCAGAAAACGAUGACCUGGCAAGUGUUGCAUCUUAAAUGUAGGCAGUACAGAUCAUAUUCCGCAUGAUGAGGCUGGCGGAGGAAUACCUAAAGAUUCUUCAACCCACUUCUAGAGCUUUGUGCGUUUUAAGGUGAUCUUACUGGACUGGCAGACAGUCUUGCUUGUUUUAAGAAAGAUCUUGAGAUCACGUCUUUAAUACUCACUCGUUUUGCAUUGUCUUCUGGGUAGUUACUGAAUAAUAAUGCAGAAGUGUCUAGAAGUAGGUUGAAUAAUUCCUAAUCAAACGUUUUAGAUAUAUUCCCUACAUUUAAGUUGCUUUUCUGUGCCAGUAUGUCCGUUUGUUGCAGUGUAGCUGGUUCCAAUGCUCUUUGAAGAUGCCUUCUUUCCCAGCAUCCACCCUUCAGUAGCCUGGAUUUAGGUGGCUGUGCUUCAUCCAGGAGCUGCCUCCGCCACGUUUUCCUUUUGUCCAGCGAGUGAUUUUCAUGUUUUGUGCUGUUGGAGCGGAGAGGAGUAUCAGGGCUGGUGUUUUUUUUCUUUUUCCGAGUUUGGAUCGAGGCUCAGGAGAAACGGACGCUUAUGCAAGUGGAACUGCGGGACUUUAGGACGACUCAGGUUGAAGCUUAAAGCUGCAUACAUGGCAGAAGAUUAAAACGUCGCGAUUUUCGCCGUUACUCAAAAUGUCGAUCAGCAAAGGCACGUUUGGCAUCUGAGGUUUGUUUCUUUGGCUUCGCGCUGGAGAUGUAACGAGUGUCGGAAGCUUGAACUCCUCAAAUUAGCGUCAUACAACGUAAUUGAUGGUGUUUCUCCGAGAUUUUAGUCACAUCCGAAUCCACCAUGUCAGUAUUUUAUGUGCUUCAGUGAAGAUUCCAGCAGCUUUUGCCUUCUAUUUAAUGAAACAUCGAUUUAAUCCCAGGUCAUAUUAAUCCCAUGUGAUAAAGCAAACCCUGCAAAUAAUCCCAGGUCAUAUUAAUCCCAUGUGAUAAAGCAAACCCUGCAAAUAAUCCCAGGUCAUAUUAAUCCCAUGUGAUAAAGCAAACCCUGCAAAUAAUCCCAGGUCAUAUUAAUCCCAUGUGAUAAAGCAAACCCUGCAAAUAAUCCCAGGUCAUAUUAAUCCCAUGCGAUAAAUCAAAUCCUGCAAAUAAUCCCAGGUCAUAUUAAUCCCAUGCUAUAAAGCAAACCCUAUAAAUAAUCCCAGGUCAUAUUAAUCCCAUGCUAUAAAGCAAACCCUAUAAAUAAUCCCAGGUCAUAUUAAUCCCAUGCUUUAAAGCAAACCCUCCAAAUAAUCCCAGGUCAUAUUAAUCCCAUGCGAUAAAUCAAACCCUGCAAAUAAUCCCAGGUCAUAUUAAUCCCAUGUGAUAAAGCAAACCCUGCAAAUAAUCCCAGGUCAUAUUAAUCCCAUGCUAUAAAGCAAACCCUGCAAAUAAUCCCAGGUCAUAUUAAUCCCAUGCUAUAAA